AUGAAUUACUACUCUCCAAAAAGCCCACAAAAUAUAUCAGACACAAAUGAAGUUGACGAGCGUUGGGACGGAGAUCUAGGCUACUUUCCGCAUGAUCAAUCAAUUAAAGACAACAAGCUGGAGUCCAGAUUUCAAAAUAUGAAUAUAUCAAGAGAGAUUUCACCUCCUCUCACUAGCACAAAAAAAGGCAUUAACGAACUUGAUUCUGGAUUCUUCAAGGAAGAUAUGGAACAAAAUAAUUAUUUCCCUUCAUUUAAAUCGCCAGUCAUAGUGAAUGAUACACCACCUGAUGAAUGCGAUUAUUUAACUACUCGAGAUGCCAUUCAUGAUAAUCCUAAACCCAUCAGGAGACGAAACGCAGAAGAUGAACAAGACUUUUCUAUCACUUCACUUAAGGAUCUAUCAUCGUCCGAUUCGCUCCCGUUGGAAAACCAGAGUAAAUAUGAUUAUAGUCCUCCCCCUAGCCUUAUGGCCUACCACUCAGGCCUUGUUCAACGUUAUAUAGAAAGUAUUCUUCGACUGACUGAUGAGCCAAUUAAAAUCAAUGCGCUUCCAAAGGCUUACCAAACAUACAUAGACAUCGUUAGAAAAUCUUGCUAUCCAAACUUACCAAAUUCAAUGUAA